UCCGCAGUCAGGUGACUAGAAUCAGCUGAUUCUCUGCCGAGGGAACAUGGCCGACCGACCUCUCUAAAAACUGAGCCGAUGAUGGGACGAGUGACAGCCAUAAGCUGCUCUUGACUUCUCUCACUGCUGGAAUCGUGAGAUUUUGAGGCGAAGGGAAACACUACAGAGGAUAUUUUUAAGAGUAAACCAGCAUGUCUAAUUUUAUGGAGAAUGGCCCCAGUAAUCAUAAUGGGGAGACUGAGCAAGUGUGGGAGAGACCCUGGACGCUGGAAGAGAUGCAGAAAUCCAGCACAAACUGGUCACUGGCAGCAGAUUCAGGGUUGUUUCUUUUCCUGCAAGACUUCUCUCAGAGGAUGUUGUCCAAGACACAUGAGAUUGAGAAACAGUUGGACGGUCUUAUCCAGGACACUAAAGCCACAGACAGCCGCCUACACACAGUGUUUAACGACUUCCUCAUGCUGUCCAACACACAGUUCAUUGAGAACAGGGUUUACGAUGAAGAGGUGGAAGACCCUGCACCAAAGCCAGAAACCAUGGAGAAACAGCCUGAACAGGAGAAGACAAGGGAACAGAAAGAAGCAGAACUAAUUCCCAAAAUCCAAGAGGCCGUCAACUAUGGUCUGAAGGUCCUGGAAUCUGCUUUCGAACAGCUGGACAUUAAAGCAGGAAACUCGGACUCUGAGGAUGAAGAGACUCUGGAAAAAGUAGAGCCCAUUUUGGAAGCAAAGGACCUGUAUGUGGACAGGCCUUUGCCGUACUUGAUUGGUUCCCAAGCAUUUAUGGAUCAAGAUGAUGUUGGCUUGGGCGAUCUAUCCAGCGAUGAAAUGUCUAUCAGGAGUGGCAGAGACAGCAUCAUUGAGAGUGAUGUUGAAGAAGGUGAUGAGCAGUCAGAUGAAUACUCUGACCAGGAUGAGGAAGUCCAUGGCAACUUUAAGAAAAAGCCAUCUGUUGCUAGUUAUGAUGAUACUGAUGAAGAGAAUGAAGAUGAAGAUUCUGACAUAUUUGGAGGCUCUGAUAAGGAUGAAGAUGAGCUCAAAAAGGACACUGGUCUGCCAUCCUUUGCUGAUGAACUAGCAGCCAGAAUCAAGGGAGGGACUCCAAAUAAGCCAGAAGCAGAUCGCACAUCAUUGUCAUCAGGCCCAUCCAUCACCCAGAAGAAGAGUAAAACAAAGAAAGAGUCAAAACCUCAGGUGGAGGAUGAUCAGGAUGAGAUGUUCAAACCACCAAAAAUGGAAGAUGAGGAAUAUUCUCCAUUCGGUGGAAAGGGUGGACUUUUUAGUGGAGGCAAAGGCCUGUUUGAUGAUGACGAUGAGGGAGAUCUGUUUUCUGAUGCACCCAAAACCGAGCCGAUAGAAAAGGAAAAGACUGUAGUCCAGGCAACAGAGCCCCCUAAAACUAAGAAAAUACCCACUGGCGCUGUCUCCAUCUUUCCUGAAAACAAACUUUUUGGCUCACCAAAUGAUUCAGACUCACUAGAGAGCAAAGGCAGUAAGAGUCCAUCGAAGCCCAAAGUGCAGGCAGCUCCAAAGCGUGCCUCGGUGGGAGGUGGGCUGUUUGAUGAGGAUGACGAUGAUGAUGACUUCUUCAGUGGGAAUACGCCUAACAAAUCCACCCCUGGACAAGAGAAGCAAAUGCCAAAGAAGACUGUAGACCUGUUUGGAGAAGCUGAUGAGGAUGAGGAUGAUGUUGAAGCCAGUGCAGCUCUUCCCCAACAGGACAAAAGAGCCGAGGGGGAGGAGGAGACACGUCCUCCAGAGAAAAAGCCUCCUGUUGGUGCCAUUUCAAUGUUUGGGCCCGGCACUAAAAAUAUACUGGAGGGUCUGAAGAAACGCCGGCCUUCCACCAGUGAAGAGUCUGCCAAGUCUGAAGAGAGUGGACCUCCACCUGAAGCAGUCAAAUCUUCACCUGCACUGGGAGCAUCUGAGAAAACACAUAGCAAGAGUCUGUUCUCAGACGAUGAAGACUCACAACUAUUCGCAAGUGAGACUGCAAGUAAAUCAAAGCCGACAACUCAGAACAAACCCAGUAAAGCUCCGCUCUCAAUAUUUGAUGAUGAAGAAGAAGAGGACCUUUUUUCAUCAACACCAAAGUCCAAGUCAGAUCAGGUCAAAAAGACAUCUCUACAACCCAAGAAACCUGUAUCCAGUUUACUCUUCAGCGAUGAUGAGGAUCAGUGGAUGAGCUCCAAGCUCAGCAGAGAGAGCCUGGAAGUGAAGUCCAGCGGGAUGAAGUCGAGUGUUAGCGCCCCCUCUAGGCUACCCAGUGUCAAAACACCACAAAAAGACGGCCUGUUUGAUGAUGAUGAUGAUGAUUUGUUUGCAGCCACAAAUGAGUCAAGAUUUACUGUGUUUUUAAUAGUAGCUAAAAAUAGCAUUGUGUUUCAGGUUUCUGGUGCUCCCUCUCUGUUUGAAUCUACGGAGGAGGAGAAUGCACCUAAUGUAGCAAAAGACAAGAUAGCAGAGGAGAAGAAGCCCUCUGAAGACAGCACUGACAGUAAGAAGAAGCCAGUAGGAGCAGUAAGCCUUUUUGGUGGGAUUGAUGUAUUAGCAGACAAGCAAGACACAAGUAAAAAACAUACUAAGAAUCAAGAGGAGAUUACUGAUGGUGACAAGCUGCAAAAGGAGGGUCCUCCACCCAUGGAGAGUAAGGGGACCAAGGCCAAGAAAACAGCACUGAGUCUUUUUGAUGAUGAUGAUGACGAUGAUGAUGAAGAUAUGAACACUGAUGAAAUAAUUCCUGCCCCUAAAACAUCCAAAUCCACAGAAAAGAAUGCACUAAAGGAUCAUGGGCCCCAAAUGAAGAGCACUGGUGUGUUCCAAGAUGAGGAACUACUUUUCAGUCACAUGCAACAGAGGGACAACGAUCCUGAUGUAGACCUUUUUGCCACUUCUCCUAAACCAUCUGUGCCGUCUCCGAGCUCUGUAAAACCAGUUGUCCCCACACUGUUCGGGGAUGAUGAAGACAAUGACCUCUUCAGUUCAGCAAAGCCUAAAGCUCCUCCGAAAGUACCUGAGAAGUCCAGCAAGCCUAAAACAAAUGAAAUGGACAAAUCAACACUGACCUCAAGCAAGGAGCCUACAAGCCCUCUAAAAUCUAAAAAAACCUCCUCAAGGAUUGGAGAACUUCAAGCUAGCUUAGCUGUCAACCCUGCCAGCCUUCUGCCAGGCGCAGUGCCACGGAUUCCAGGAGCUGUCAGCGUAAUCCCUGGCCUGGCACCCGCUUCCCUCCCUGCAGCUGCCAAGCCGCUGCCAGCUACCGAUACGAUCCCUGAUCAUCAGCCCUCCAGUGAGGGAGGGGUGAGCUUCGACUCGGCCGCUCAGGUCAGCACGCUACAGAAUGCUAACAAGGGUCGGGCUAAAGGCGCAGUGCGACGGCGACCGCAGACAAGGGCAGCAAGACAACUUGCAGCACAGCAAUCUGAGGAAGCUGUUGGAGAAAGCACCUCUAUACAAGCUGAUGAGCCAAUUAUGGCUGCUUCUCUCCCUACCUUUAACCCCGUUUCAGUGCGACCCUCAGCGCUCACUAUACCUGUCAGCACCCCUGCUCCUGCCAAGAGCCCCGAUGAAGCAGUCAGGCCAAAGAGAUUUCUCGAUUCUGGAGAUGAUCUGUUUGAUUCAGAUCUCUUUGCCACAAAGCCUGUUCCCUCCUCAAAACACAAAGCAAAGACCCCUGAGGAAGGCCAUAAGAAAGCCUCCAAGACAGAGGCCAUCAUAGCUUCAAAGAAAGACCAGGCCUCGUCUAUUUUUGACAGCCAUGAGGAUGAUCUUUUUGCCACAGUGAAACAGAAGAAUGUCCAGAAAGGCAAACAAAUGUCCUUCCUAGAAGAUGAUGAUGAUGAUAUUUUUGGAGCAGGAAAGAGUAAAAGUGCAGAUAGUAAAAACUCCAAAGCAGAAGCCAGCUCUGCAAAACCAGACAUUUUCCAGGAUGACGUGAAAGAACCUCCCAAAGCCCAGAAGAAGCCCGAGGAAGUGUCAUCGGAUGCAAGUUUGUUUGAUGAUGAUGUUGAUAUUUUUGCUGACUUGACUGGCACCACAAAGCCGAAGGAGAAGAAAGCUAAGAAGAAAUUGGAGACAAAAUCUAUAUUCGCCGAUGACAUGGAUGAUAUCUUCUCGACUGGGGCUACGAAACCAACGGUGAAGCCGUCCUCCAAAUCUAAGAAGAACCAGCCUGCCCAGGAUCCCGUAUCAUCUGUGGAAACGGGCAGCAAUAUUUUUGAUGAUCCCUUGAACGCGUUUGGGGGAAACUGAGUCUCCUACAUAACAGCAUUUUGUUUAACUUUGUAGCGAUAUUCAUGGCCUAAAUGAAGGUAGAUGUAAUCUAACACUGUUAAUAAUUUAAACUCUAAUAGGUAACUUUUACAAAAAAAAAAUAGACAGGAAAAAAGAAGAUUGUAAAUAUAUUUACCUCUAAUGCCAUCUGUAAAGUCAUCUGAUUGGUAAAAAUUGUAGCAGUCAUCAAAUGGCAUUGACAUUUGCAACUGUUAUGUGUCUUUUAUUAGCACUUUAAACAUGAAAAUUGUCUGGUAAGGUGUAAAAAAGAAAAGAGUGAUUAAGACUGGAGACAUUCCUCUGACAUUGUCAACUGUAACGUUUCUUUUUUUCAUUGUGGUGCCAUAACUCUAAGCCUAUGCGCCAACAUAAGUGCUUUUGUUGUUGAUGUUUUUAUAACAAGAGCUGAAGUUUUCUUGUGUUGCAUGUGAAAUGAUUUUUGGAAACUGAAGAAAAUAUAUUUUAUGAAA